UUCAUUGUUUGGCUACUGUCGUUUCGUUUUUGAUUGCUUGAAUUUUCAACAAAAAUGUUUUCUACCUACUCGAUCAAUGAUGUGGCUGCGUAUGAGGAAGUAGAUGGUACUCACCAGGGAUUUUCCUAUAAACUUACCUCCGAGCAGCGUGUUGAAUGCGAAAUUCAAUCGAUCAUCUGUUUGGCACACCAGGAGCAAGAGGCCCACACCCAACAACAAGUGAUGGGCGCGAUGAAGAAACGCGAGGAGGAGGACUUGGCCAAGCUCAGAGUUAUUAACCCAUUGCCGAAAAGUCUUACCAGGAUGACCCCUAGCCACGAUGAGGAGAUCCGAGUUUUGCUGGACGAAAUCGCUUCGAUGAAGGAGAGUAGCGAUGAGGAUGACGACGAUUUGUAAUACCGCUAUUUCUAUUAAAUACUGAAGUGG